AUGUAUUUAUUGCUGGUGGUGGCAAGAAAUGCAAGUGCAGUUCAUGUUAGUAGUCUUCCUGAAAGUGAAGCAGUAUCAGAUACAUCCUCUAUUAGUAUGAGACGCAGUCUCCUAGAUAAUGGCCUUGGGAAAACUUUUAUCACUAAAAAGAAAAAUAACUUUUACAUUAUACCGAUAACUUUUCCACAUAUAGACUUAACUUUUACUCCAAUAUGCAAUAGAAUUUGUGUUUUUUUAUUCCAAAUUUGCAGGUGGAAUAGCUGGAACCACUUUGGCUGUAACGUAGAUGAGGAAACGAUUAGACAAACAGCUGAUGCAAUGGUGUCAAGCGGCCUAGCAGAUUUAGGAUACAAGUACAUAAACAUCGAUGAUUGUUGGGCAGAACUUAACAGAGAUUCUCUGGGGAAUUUGGUUCCCAAGCUUUCAGCAUUUCCAUCAGGAAUCAGUGCACUAGUAUAUUAUGUGCAUAGCAAAGGGUUGAAGAUUGGUAUUUACUCAGAUGCAGGAACUCAAACAUGUAGCAAGACCAUGCCAGGAUCACUUGGUUAUGAAGAGCAUGACGCGGUCACCUUUGCAACGUGGGGUUUUGAUUACUUGAAAUAUGAUAAUUGUGAAAACACUGGGAUAAGCGCAAAGGAAAGGUACCCUAAGAUGAGUAAGGCCUUACUGACCAGUGGCAGGCAGAUAUAUUACUCCAUAUGUGAAUGGGGAGAAGAAGAUCCAGCAACAUGGGCCCCAAGUAUUGGGAACAGUUGGAGAACAACUGUUGAUAUCCAAGAUAAUUGGAACAGCAUGACUAGUAUAGCAGACCAAAACGACAAAUGGGCGUUUUAUGCUCGUCCUGGAGCAUGGAAUGAUCCAGACAUGCUUGAAGUUGGCAAUGGAGGGAUGACAAAGGAGGAGUAUCGUUCUCAUUUUAGCAUAUGGGCAUUAGUAAAAGCUCCUCUGUUGAUCGGAUGUGAUGUCCGAGCAAUGGAUCAGACAACUUUAGAAUUGCUAAGCAACAAAGAGGUCAUUGCUGUCAAUCAAGAUGAGCUAGGAGUUCAGGGAUUUAAGAUUAAGCAAAAUGGUGAUCUUGAGGUGUGGGGUGGUAUAUUGUCUGGUAAGAGGAUGGCUGUCAUUCUAUGGAAUAGGGGAUCUUCGCCGUCUAAUAUUACUGCUUAUUGGCCCGAUCUUGAUCUUGACCCGUCGACUGUAGUCGAUGCUCGGGAUUUAUGGAUGCAUUCAACUGAGUCUGGUGUCAAAUAUCAACUAUCUGCACAAGUAGAACCACAUGCUGUUAAAAUGUAUGUUUUGACGACCACUUCAUGAGAUCAUCUCCUGUCAGUGGACCAAAAGACUGCUCCAAUUUUCAUGCAUUAGUAAUAGUAGGGAGUAGAAACAUAUACUUUGUGUUGAAUAUGAAAUCCAAGAGAAUAUGAAAAAUUAGACUAUCUUUUGGUGAUUGAA